GCCCUGAAGAGCGCUCCUCCUUCCGGUGAAAGUCGUCUGAUUCCCAGACGGGAGUCUGCGGAGUUCGCAUACUCUGCUACCCAGCUUCCUUUGUGUGAGGGCUGUUGCGCACUUCCGGUGGAAGCGGUGAAGCGAGUGGGUGGAGUUUGCGGAGCCGGUGGGCGGUAGGCGGUGCUACGGGUAGCUGGGUGCUGUCCAAAGGCGACAGGGCGUCGUUAGGGGAGCGAGUCGUGACCGGUUGGGCCACACUCAACGUGGGACGAAGCUUCGCCUACUGUUUGACUACGUGCGUGCCGCCUCCCCUCGAUGUCGGCCCUCGAAAAGAGCAUGCACCUCGGCCGCCUUCCCUCUCGCCCACCUCUACCCGGCAGCGGGGGCAGUCAGAGCGGAGCCAAGAUGCGAAUGGGCCCUGGAAGAAAGCGGGACUUUUCCCCUGUUCCUUGGAGUCAGUAUUUUGAGUCCAUGGAAGAUGUAGAAGUAGAGAAUGAAACUGGCAAGGAUACUUUUCGAGUCUACAAGAGUGGUUCAGAGGGUCCAGUCCUGCUCCUUCUGCAUGGAGGAGGUCAUUCUGCCCUUUCUUGGGCUGUGUUCACGGCAGCGAUUAUUAGUAGAGUUCAGUGUAGGAUUGUAGCUUUGGAUCUGCGAAGUCAUGGUGAAACAAAAGUCAAGAAUCCUGAAGAUCUGUCUGCAGAAACAAUGGCAAAAGACGUUGGCAAUGUGGUUGAAGCCAUGUAUGGGGACCUUCCUCCUCCAAUUAUGUUGAUUGGACAUAGCAUGGGUGGUGCUAUUGCAGUCCACACAGCAUCAUCCAACCUGGUACCAAGCCUCUUGGGUCUGUGCAUGAUUGAUGUUGUAGAAGGUACAGCUAUGGAUGCACUUAAUAGCAUGCAGAAUUUCUUACGGGGUCGUCCUAAAACCUUCAAGUCUCUGGAGAAUGCUAUUGAAUGGAGUGUGAAGAGUGGCCAGAUUCGAAAUCUGGAGUCUGCCCGUGUCUCAAUGGUUGGCCAAGUCAAACAGUGUGAAGGAAUUACAAGUCCAGAAGGCUCAAAAUCUAUAGUGGAAGGAAUCAUAGAGGAAGAAGAAGAAGAUGAGGAAGGAAGUGAGUCUAUAAGCAAGAGGAAAAAGGAAGAUGACAUGGAGACCAAGAAAGACCAUCCAUACACCUGGAGAAUUGAACUGGCAAAAACAGAAAAAUACUGGGACGGCUGGUUCCGAGGCUUAUCCAAUCUCUUUCUUAGUUGUCCCAUUCCUAAAUUGCUGCUCUUGGCUGGUGUUGAUAGAUUGGAUAAAGAUCUGACCAUUGGCCAGAUGCAAGGGAAGUUCCAGAUGCAGGUCCUACCCCAGUGUGGCCAUGCAGUCCAUGAGGAUGCCCCUGACAAGGUAGCUGAAGCUGUUGCCACUUUCCUGAUCCGGCACAGGUUUGCAGAACCCAUCGGUGGAUUCCAGUGUGUGUUUCCUGGCUGUUAGUGACCUGCUGUCCACCUCUCCUCAACAUCGAGCUCUGUUGUAAAUACGUCGCACCAGAGGCCACUGUGAUGCCACUGUCUCCUCUCCAUCCCGCCCAGCCAUGUGACACUGGCUCCCUGUAGACGGGCACCCCGAGAUGUACCAACCUUUUCAUGUAUUCUGCCAAAAGCAUUGUUUUCCAGGGCCCUUGACCAACAUUGGCUUCCCCAGUCCAGGGCUCCCCUGCUCCUUUCCCUUCCCUGUACUGGGGUAGCUCCUGCCUGCUCUCCCUGCGUUGCCUAGGGUAAAGCCUCCAGAUUUGCCAUACUGAGCCCCUCUCUUCCUAGCAUCAGGAGAUACAUCUGAGUCCAAAUGUCUUCCCAGGCUCAGGGACCUCCAUCCCUUGAGAUUGUCUUGGCAUGGCCUAGCCCUGCCUUAUGGGAUGGACAAUGCAUGGGGUGGUCUUUAUUUUUCCCUUUCAAAUAAAACACUAGUCGGGUACCAUUUUAUCCCAGUCGUACUCUUCCAGGUUUGGAAGACCCAGAGAGGCCAAGAUCCCAUCCUUAGCCAUAGCGAGCGGUGGUGGUGGAUAGCAUCACAAGAAACCAGCCUGAAAAUCAGGUCCAGCCAGUCCAAGCACAUGGCCUCCCAUCUGGGAGAGCCCACUGUCCCACUCCCACAUGUCUGGGCACCUGCCCUGGGCUGAGGCCAGGCUGCUCCAGGGGCCUCCUGAGCCCUCACCUGCCACAGAGCAACCCAGGUUAAAUACAGCCCAUGCACAAAGCCACAGGCCAAAGCCUAUGGAAUUGUUUUUAAUCAUCAAAUUUAACCAUUUUCAUAACUGGUUCCUGGAGGUGUGCAGUGCCCCCUUGCCUCUUCAAACCUACAGCUUCUCUUUGCCAUUUGUGGAUUUCACAUCACUCCACACAGAAACAUUACAGCCUGGCAUCCCCAGUCUUUGCCUUCUUCCAGCUGCCUCGACACAGCACUGCGGCCUGUCCCUAUUGCCCAGGCACGCCAUUUCCAAGGGCAGGAAGGGGCAGUGUCCUGAAGCCCAUCUUUUCUGUGACUGUCUUAGGUGAUGUGUAGCCCCUCCACCUUUUCACUCAACAACCUCCCACCCCUGUCCUGCUGCAUGGUCCAGAAUCUGGGACCUACUUUGUUUUUUGUUAUUUAUGACCUUGUUUAAAGAAAAUAAAUAUCUCCCAACCUUUA